AUGCAUUGCGUCAGUGAAAUCAAAGACGCUCUCGCCCGAGCUCAAUCUAUCGACGAGACGCCCAAGCCUCUCAAACUUGGCCUCAUGAGAAUGUUCAAGCUCUGGCCAAUCGACAAUAUCAAGCACUGCCCUUACGAGCUCGCUCCUACGAGAUACAUCGAGUUUGAUGCCCCUUUCUACGAGAACUCCGGGCACAUGUAUUUACUUGCAGAAGAUGUCUGUUCAAUAGACAAAAACACGCCACCAGAGUAUCGCAGCACCAAAACUCACAACUUGGGAACAAGCGAAGAACCGGUAUAUAUCCAGGUCUUUGACGACAAUUACUUGACUCUCAAGAUCAGCCGCGAGACGGUAUUUUCAAACUGUGAGGAGGAUAUCCCUGGGAAUGCACCGUCAUUUUUUACAUACUAUGGUAUCUGUGAGAGAUAUAUGGUUGAUAAGGAAAAGCAGGAAUAUGAGGAAUGGGAGACUGAAGAAGAAAGUGGUGAAGAAUGA